GCAGCGACCCUCGGCCGGCAUGGCGGCGGCGGCGGCGCGUAGCGUUUGGGGCGGGCGGCGACACGUAGCGCUCAGGCUGCCGCCAAGAACCGGUGUUCCCUGGAUCGCUUCGGCCGCCGCCUCCUCCUCUGUGCCAACAACCAAACUGUUCAUCGAUGGGAAGUUUGUUGAGUCCAAGACCACAGAAUGGAUCGAUAUCCACAACCCAGCCACAAAUGAAGUGGUUGCUCGUGUACCAAAAGCUACAACUAGUGAAAUGGAGGCAGCUGUAACUUCUUGCAAAAAGGCUUUUUGGAACUGGUCAGAAACAUCUGUUUUGAGUCGCCAGCAAAUCUUCCUGCGUUACCAACAGCUCAUCAAAGACAAUCUGAAAGAAAUUUCAAAACUCAUCACCUUUGAGCAAGGGAAGACCCUGGCUGACGCUGAGGGAGAUGUGUUCCGAGGCCUCCAGGUGGUUGAACACGCUUGCAGUGUGACAUCUCUCAUACUGGGAGAGACCAUGCCCUCCAUCACUAAAGACAUGGACACUUGCACCUACCGUCUGCCUUUGGGUGUGUGUGCUGGCAUUGCACCGUUCAAUUUCCCAGCGAUGAUUCCUCUCUGGAUGUUUCCCAUGGCUAUGGUUUGUGGAAACACAUUCUUGAUGAAACCUUCUGAGCGUGUGCCAGGUGCACUCAUGUUCCUUGCCAAGCUGUUUCAAGAUGCUGGUGCCCCAGAUGGGACUCUGAAUAUCAUCCAUGGACAGCAUGAAGCUGUGAACUUCAUUUGUGACCAUCCGGAUAUCAGAGCUAUCAGCUUUGUGGGAUCUAAUCAGGCUGGCGAGUACAUCUACGAAAGAGGAUCCCGGAAUGGCAAGAGAGUCCAGGCUAACAUGGGAGCAAAGAACCAUGGUGUGGUGAUGCCAGAUGCCAAUAAAGAGAACACCUUGAACCAGCUGGUUGGAGCUGCCUUUGGAGCAGCUGGCCAACGCUGUAUGGCCCUGUCUACAGCAAUUUUAGUGGGAGAAGCACAGAAAUGGUUGCCAGAGUUGGUGGAAAGAGCCAAAAAUCUACGUGUAAAUGCAGGAGACCAGCCUGGAGCAGACCUAGGGCCUCUAAUCAGUCCCCAGGCCAAGCAAAGGGUUUGCCACCUGAUUCAGAAAGGAGUAGAAGAAGGUGCCAGUCUUCUUCUGGAUGGACGUAAUAUCAAAGUGAAGGGCUAUGAAAACGGCAAUUUUGUUGGACCAACGAUCCUUGCCAAUGUCAAGCCAAACAUGACUUGUUACAAGGAGGAAAUCUUUGGACCUGUCUUAGUGGUUCUGGAAGCAGACACUUUGGAUGAUGCAAUUGAGAUGGUGAACAAUAACCCCUAUGGAAAUGGAACUGCAAUCUUCACCACCAAUGGAGCCACAGCUCGGAAGUAUUCUCACUUAGUAGAUGUGGGGCAGGUGGGUGUCAAUGUUCCAAUUCCAGUACCUCUGCCCAUGUUCUCUUUCACUGGUUCUCGUGCUUCUUUCAGAGGAGAUACAAAUUUCUAUGGCAAACAGGGAGUGCAGUUCUACACACAGCUGAAAACUAUCAUUUCUCAAUGGAAAGAGGAAGAUGCCACUGUUACCAAGCCUGCUGUGGUUAUGCCAACUAUGGGGAACUAAAUCAGCCUUUAAAGAUGCUGUCUCUGGUGCCCCUCUCUUUCCAUGUUGCGAUUGUCCUGACUAUCAUGGUUUCCUUGGGAAUAAAUAGAAAACUUCAUUUUCUAAGGGCCUCUUUUUCUAUGUAGAUCAGGCAAGUUUAAAAUGCACAGUCUGGGUUUUCUGUUGCUGUGAUUGUUUUUGUAUAACUACAAGGAAGAAACUAUCCUAUCUAAUUGAAAGGGAAAAUGGAUGGGCUUUACUUUGUGUUUCUUUCUAGACCUUCUGAACAUGAACGUUAUUCUGCUUUCGGCUUCAGUACUUCUAGCCUUAGCGAUUCACUACCGGCUACAUCUUGUAGCAGUUUUCUUUACCACUUUCUUACAUGUUGAGAUUGUGAGCUCACCAUACUCAGAUGAGUAUUCACUUUGAGUGAUGUGACUGGGACACUUUGGAUGUGUCACAGAAGUGACUUCUACGUACAAUGAAGACAGUAAGUUUUGGAGUUGAAACUGUCAGUCUUUCGUCAAUUGAGGAAUUCCCAAAAUACCUGGGAAAUAUCCUUCUAAGGAUUUUUUGGGGAAGCGCAUUUGAUCACUUGUCUAAGGAUAAAAUAAAUACCUGCAUCACAUAGUAACCUUCACUGUGCCUCUUACAGCUGGAAAUUGUUCCUGUUGUGCACAUGGCUUGCAUUCUCCAGCUUACUAUCAGUUCCAUUAUACCUGGAAGUUGGUUGGUGCCUUUUUACUAACAGUAAUGUGCCUGCAGAUCCUUUAAAAUAGUGGAACUAUGGAAGCAGAAACACGUGUGUAUGUCUUGCAUCAUAAGAUCAUGUCAGUCUAGUUGGUAGGAAGAAUAGGUAAACAGGUCAGUAGGAGGAAACACAUGAUUUAAUCACAAAGCAAUUAGGCCUGUUCUGUGUGUUUUCCUGAAUAUAAAUGUAUUUUUUUUGUGUGUGUUUGAUCAACUCUGUCACAUUUGCUCAAACACAGUUAUGUCCUCUAGGGACUGCAGAUCCCAGUGCUAGAGAUGGGUAAGUCUUGCUAUACCCUGUUCUUAUACACGCAUUUGGAGCUGGAUAGCCUAUAUUUUUAUUCUUGCUUCCUAGAAGAUGAAGCCAUGAGGGGGGGGAGGGAAGGGGAAAAUCUGCAGGGACUUCAUUCAAGUACCCAUGGAAAAUUGUACUAUUGUAAAUGAUUGUAAUCAUUACUUGAUCUGAUUAAAAAAAUCUGAAUGUGAAGACUCUGUAUCCUGCCUUCUGAUAAAGAUACAAUGUAACACAUGCUUAUUAGAGUAACUACUGUUGAUCCACUAAUGUUUCUAUCUUAUUUUGUUGGUUUUUUUUUUUUCUUCUGCUAUACUCUAGAGGGAAAAUUCUCACCUUGCAAUUUGAGUAUGAAUUAAAAAUUUGCUAAUCACUGCAGAAAGUGAUUGCUCCUUGAUAAGAUAUUCUAUAGGUGUUCUGUUGACUAUAUUACCCUCUUUGCAGAGGCUGGUAUACCAAUUUCUUUUGUAACCUCUGUAUAAAUCCUUUUUUAAAAACAAAACAAAGCAGCAUUUCCAGAGCUUCUGUAGUCAUUUCCUCAUACAGCAUUCCAAGGAAUGCCUUGGUUCUAUUUCCACAUAUCUAUUAUGUGAUCGCAAAAGCUCUUAAGCUCCAUACACUUGACUUUAUUGCAAACUGAAAAUGCAUCUUUAAUCAAGUUACCACCCCAGUGCUGCAUUCAGCAGAUAAGAGAUGUAGAAUUGCAGCUUAGCUCAAAAGGUAACUCGCAAAGUGAAAAUUGCAGAUGAGUCUGUAAGUGCUGUGGAAGUUGUUCCUGCUGAUGCCAUACGUACUGCUGCCUUACUCUACCCGUAGUGUUAACAUCUGAGUACAUGGAAGGAUUACUGCACAACAUGACGACUCAUAAUUCAGCCUGCUGUGUAAUGAAUAUCUGGUUGGAAGAAAUAUUUUCUGUGCUGAAAAGAUAAAAUAUUCUAGGUAAAUCACUAAUAACACCUUGACAUUCAUUCAUAUAUCUGGGAAAGGAAUAUAAAGUAAUAAUCUGUACUACAGUCUACAGGCAUUUGCAUUCAAAUCACUGAUUUUCUUCCCAAUCAGUAUUGCUAUUCUGACUUUUCUGUUCAAAGCACAACCUCUUUCUUUUAUAAAUUCUGAGACUUACUUUGAUAGCAAAAUUAGUCUUUAUUACAAAGCUUGCCUGCUGGAUGGAGAUCUGCAGGAGUCACUGCACUUCUUCCACACUUGUCUGCAAAUUCAUUUUCUGAUCAUCUGCAUUUCCCACAGCAUUUUGAAAUCAGAUUAUUUUAAGUGCAUCAGGAAUACAAAUUUUUUAUCUGCCGUUUUUGUUAAUUAAACAUCUUUUUAGAUCAAGCUGCAGAUUCUCACUGAUCAUGAUGUACAUGCUUCAUCUCAUCUCACUACUAUUAUGGCUUUUCACCCGCCUGCUUGUUAUCCUUUUUAAUUAACAUAUGCUAUACAAGCUAAAGAAUAUCUUCUGUAUUAUACAAAAAUGUAAUCUCACUAUGAAGGAUUUCAAAUUUCUGCAGUCUCUAUUAAAACACAAUUUUAUAGUUAA